UUGUUGCUCAAUAACCUGUGCUAUCUAUUUGUUGUUUAAUCUGUUGAUUGUGGCAAUUUCCUCACUAUUUGCUAGCUAGUUGCUUAAACUCUUCAUUAAUCAUAUUUCCAAAUGGCAACCAGUUUCCAUAAUGUAUGAUUCAGGCGAGUAAGUACAAUAUUGUAACACAGCCCAAUCAAACAAUGGUCAAAUAAUUACAUUACAUUAAUGUUAAAAUGAGUUUAUUAUUAGAACGGCUGUUUAAAUUUGUACCUCUCUGAAGUGUCAAUCAAAACAAGGGUUGGCCAUUGAGCAUAUGGGAACCAGGACUAACAUUGUGGUUCUCCUCGAAUUGCUCUUGUUUUUUUAACUUUGUUUCCUACUUUCGGUGAUCGACCAUCCUGCCAACUGGAAAAAAUGGCCACAACACCAACAAAGAAGAAGCGUCAGGAAGUGUUUGUGUUGAUACAUUUCAAUCAUGGACAUUGUGCGAUGGAUAGGCUCCAGCAUACCCUGGAAACCCUAGUGCGGACAAGCGGCAUAGAAGAUGGAUGUGCAGUGUGCAACAGCGCUCAAACGGUCGUAAUGGAGACUAUGAAAAGAAGAUUAGCUGGAGCUGUUAUGGUGGACUGUCUGAGGAUAGCCAUGACAAGACUGCAGGGACCAGCGCUUGUUGUGUGAGCUGGCAGCCUCCGGCGUUCCGCUGCCAUGAUUGACAUUAAUGACAUGGCGCUGAGGAGGUUUUGGCUGCCGCACAAGUGUCUCCCACGGGUUGCCGCACAGCUCCUGUCCCCCCUCUCACUCUGCAGCUGGAGCUAGCAGGGCCAGAUGCUACAUGGUUGCACCACCCUCUGUCCCCCCUUCCCUCUUCCAGGAGGAUGGUGCCCAGAGAGGAGGAUGACAAACGCCUCUGCCUCCUCUUAUUGACGGAUUUGGACGACCUGACUCCAGCCCCGCUCUGUUCCAACCACCAGCACAAGAUGUUGACUUAAUGGAAAUGGGGCUUGGCUGUUGAUGAGCCCAUAUGUGUUUGUAUUGGGGGGGGAAAUAUGGCGGGGCAAACGUGUGUAUCAUUGUGUACCUUGUGUGCUAAAUAGCAUUGUGAAUGUGUUUGUGUCUGUCUUCACACAGCCCAGACUGCCUACAUCCAUCAUGCCAUGGCGCUCUGGCAGAGACUGGGACUCAGACAGCUUCACUAACACACGUUUUGUGCGUGCCGAUGGUAUGACACAGUGCAUCCUCUGGGAGGUGGUCCUCUGCAGCAGGUGUUGUUCCAGUCUCUCCGACCCUGCAGCACUGUAAAGUGCCCAAGACCAGAAGAGUGCACCGUCCUUAAAGGGACCCACCCACCGUCCAAGCUACCUUGUGGCGCACUUCCCCAUUCUCUGAGCCCAGCGGCCCGGCUAAGGUGUGACGUGGACGCGCCGCAGCAGCCAAUCACAGAGGAGCUCGGCCUGAUGCUGACGGGAGAAAGUUGCUGCCACGGAUCUAAAGCCUGGGCACAUUUGUUUCUAUAUCGGAGGUCCACGAGUUUCCACGGGGGAGACAAACAAAGAAGAAAAAGCGGCUUUACACGCAGAACAGGAUACCGACCGGAACAGUCAGCUGCUUCUCAUCCGGGAUAUCCCCUCCGUCUUCUUCUCCACUCCAGCACCCUUUUGGAAACUAUUUUUUUUAAUCCAGCCCCACUCUCCUUCACUUCUACGAGAGAAGACCCGCCAUCAUCGUGGGUAUUUUCCCCCUGUUUUCCCCCCCUGUGUGUGGGCCGUGGACAAAUAGGCAGCACAGUUUGGUUUUGACAGCGACACAGGAUGCCCCAAAAAGAAUACCACAACCAAGCGACGUGGGAGUCUGGCGUAGCCUCAAUGAUGCAAAACAAGGUGUAUGACAUCUGUGAUGAAGGUCACAGCGGCGUUAACCAGCUCGGUGGCGUGUUCGUCAACGGCAGACCACUGCCAGACUCCACUAGGCAGAAAAUAGUAGAACUCGCCCACAGCGGUGCUCGACCCUGCGACAUCUCACGAAUACUACAGACCCAUGAUGAAGUCCAAGUGGUGGACAGUGAAAAGGUGUCCAACGGCUGCGUAAGCAAGAUCCUGGGCCGCUACUAUGAGACGGGCUCCAUAAGACCGCGGGCCAUAGGCGGCAGCAAGCCUCGAGUCGCCACGCCGGAGGUGGUCGCCAAGAUUGCGCAGUACAAGCGGGAGUGUCCGUCGAUUUUCGCCUGGGAGAUCCGCGACCGGCUUUUAUCGGAAGGCAUCUGCACCAACGACAAUAUACCCAGUGUGUCAUCGAUAAACAGAGUACUCCGCAACCUGGCGAGUGAGAAGCAACAGAUGGGCGCAGAUGGCAUGUAUGACAAGCUGAGGAUGCUCAACGGUCAGACAGGAAGUUGGGGGACCCGGCCCGGCUGGUACCCCGGAACAUCAGUGCCCGGCCAGCCCAAUCAAGAUGGCUGCCAGCCACAAGACGGCGCAGGAGAGAACACAAACUCCAUCAGCUCCAACGGCGAGGACUCAGAGGAGACUCAGAUGCGCUUGCAGCUGAAGAGGAAGCUGCAGAGAAACCGCACCUCCUUCACGCAGGAGCAGAUCGAGGCGCUGGAAAAAGAAUUUGAAAGAACUCAUUAUCCCGACGUUUUUGCACGAGAGAGACUAGCGGCCAAAAUCGACCUUCCCGAAGCAAGAAUACAAGUAUGGUUCUCCAACAGGAGAGCAAAAUGGAGGCGGGAGGAGAAGCUUCGCAACCAGCGGCGACAGGCCAACAACUCCUCCAGUCACAUUCCCAUAAGCAGCAGCUUCAGCACCAGUGUGUACCAGGCCAUCCCACAGCCCACCACGCCUGUGUCGUUCACCUCGGGCUCCAUGUUGGGCCGCGCUGACUCGGCACUAACAAACACCUACAGUGCACUGCCCCCGAUGCCCAGCUUCACCAUGGCAAACAAUUUACCUAUGCAACCCAGCCAGACCUCCUCCUAUUCCUGCAUGCUGCCUACCAGUCCGCCUGUGAAUGGGCGGAGCUACGAAACAUACACGCCCCCUCAUAUGCAGGCACAUAUGAACAGCCAAUCAAUGACCACUUCUGGUACCACCUCAACAGGACUCAUCUCUCCUGGAGUGUCUGUCCCAGUGCAAGUCCCAGGGAGCGAGCCUGACAUGUCUCAGUACUGGUCCAGACUACAGUAGAGACAAGAGCUACUUCACCUUGUGAGCACCUCCAACGUGGACCUGUCGUGUGCUCCUCACACACACACACACACACACACA